CGCAGUCAAAACUGUCGAUAAGGAUUUCGAAUUUCGUUCCAGUCGAUAGAUGACGUAGAUGACCUAGCUCGUGAUCGAUUCUUUUCUCACAACAACAACAACAACAACAACAGUCGCGCGUGAGCUCGUGAGGUUAUCUUAAAUACGACUAAUGUGCAAGUGACAAUGUAAAGUCGUAGCAACGAUCGAAUGACAUUGUUUCAAUUUUUGUGAUUGUGUACAGAAAAUGUAACAGGGUAGCGUGAUUCUAAUUUUAUUUACUUAAUCAUCUGAACAUCACUAAAGUUCAUAGUUAUGCUGCAUUUGCUAAAUCAUGAAUGCUCUUGUAGCCCUUUGUCACUUUUGUGAACUGCAUGGUCCAAGUGUACUCUUCACAACACAAGCAUUUCAUGAUAAUGCAGAACUUCAAGUUGAAAAUGAUGGAGUGUUUCCAGGAUCAAAAAAGGAGUUAAAGAAAUGUUAUGGAGAUGUGGACAACUUAAAAACUAGAAUAAAAUUUCCAAGGCUAAACUCAUGUGAGGCUUGUCAGUCAUUAACUACUGAUCAACUAGGCUUCAUUAGCAAUGAUCAUGAGGGGCGGAUUAGUUACCUGAGUACUCAGGAAGCAACAGAGCACGAUGUAGCUGAGCUGUUACGGCAAGCAUGUUUUAGAAGUCUGAGCUGUGAAGUCAGUCCAGGCAAAGAAGGACCGCUAUAUUUUGGAGAUGACAUCAGGGGGCAUGUGCUGAGUUACACGUUUUUUCUAAAGGAUGCGCAAGCGAGAGGAUUUCAUCGAUGGUUCAGUGUUGUAAUCCUCAUGCGAGAUAAACUGUUUUUACUGAAUUCAUGGCCAUUUCUUGUGGACAAUUUGAAUUUAAUUAUUUCUGGACUCCAGACAAAAGCAUCAAAGUUAUAUGAGAUGGAGCAGGCUCAAUGUCCUCAGCGUGCAUUUCGUCUCAGUCCAGAAAGUUCAGCGUACAAACAACUUUCCAACAAACCAUCCCGCUCUCUGACAGAACUUUCAUCAGAUGAAAAUAUAUUUGCAAAGCUGCACUGGUGGUUUACGUGGCUGUUGAGGGCAGGUGCUGAAAGACUAGUCGAAAAAGUGAGUGAAGGCCUUCCUGGUCAGGCUACAACCACAGAGUGGGAUAAAUUCCACUAUGAGGUUGCAGACAUGGAGGAGGGUUUCACAUUAGUCUCAGCCAAAGAACGUCAUUGCCCUGUCCAAGAGUUGGAGGCAAGUGGGGAAGUUCUAUCACACAAACCUGCCAUCAGCAAUGUGCGACAGUUACGAGAGAUCCUUGGGCACCAACAAUUCAUCAUACUGGCUUUCUGUUUUAUGACUGGGCAUCAAAUUGUGGUGCGAGGUCAACCUCAAGAACUUGUUUCUAGUAUUAUUCGAUGUCUUAAGGUAUUGGUGCCCCGGUCAUGUUAUCGUGCAGUAUUACAGUCUGAAGAGUAUAUGGAUACUUCACAUUGUAAUAUUCUUGGUUUGAAUCCAUGGGCUGCCGCUCCACAACCAUGUUCUGCUAUUGCUCGCCUUGACAUACUCCCCCCUCUGGACAAGACAGACACUUACGAACUUCAGAAAUACAAUUAUAAACUCACUUGGGGUGGAAAACUUCCAUCAAAAUGUCCCACAAUACUAACGAAAAUGGAAAAGGCAUUGGAUAAUCCUAAACUUGCUGAUACUGUUUUACAAUACCAUUUUGUUGCCCUCAAAGAAGAAUGGCUUAAUAUUGCUAAAGUGUUGAAACAAGUUCACCAGCCUAUUGGACAGUUUCAAGAUAUGUCAAAUCUUCUGCAUGCACUCGGUGCCCAAGAACAAGAUAAAGCAUUACUGACCUUUUGGGCUGCUGGUGUUUUAUCGUGAUAACUAUUAUAGCAAUAGUGGUAAAGGUGUAAAUGCUUGUUGGACUUUUAGUAUUAUUAUUUUGUGAUACAUAUAUGUGAUAAAAUUUAUGAAUCUAAUUUUUGAGACUGUUUUCAUUUGUUAAGAUAAAUGUUAAAUAUUCACGUUUUCUCUCACUUUUGUGUUUUUGGAUUCAUGAAAGUAAAUAAUUUAUGGAUAUGAAACACAAAAAAAAAAAAAAAAAGAUGUGUGCACUUUCUAAAUGUAACAGCAACAAGACAAUAACGAGCCCAAAAAAAUAGCUCAAUUAAGGGAUGUGAUAAAAAUAUGCAGUAACUUUCAUAAUAAUAAUAAUAAUAAUAAUAAUAAUAAUAAUAAUAAUUUUUUAUUGUCAUUAAGCUUCGUACAGCAAUAGGCAAUGUCACAGUUUAAGAAUACAAUGUUAACCUAUUAAUGUGUAUGGUGCACAAUACAAUUUCUACCUAUUAGACAGAGUUGAUUACUGUCUUGUCUCUGAAUAUUCAAAAAACUCCUGCAUGGAGUAGAAAGGAGUUUCCACCAGCCACUCGUAAAGAUUUUACUUAAAUGGAUCUGGAGGUAUAUCAGUUAAUCCUAAGGGUAACUUAUUAUACACCUUUACACCUAGUAUUUCAUGGCUGUUUGCUGACUUAGUCUGUGAUAUGGAACAUUUAGUUUCCUACCACUUCUGGUUCCAUAGGAAUGUACAUCCUGUCUGUAGUGAAAGUCUGACAGGUGCUUUUUUACAUGACAUAAUUGACAUUUACAUGACAUACAUAUGAUAUGAUACGUAAGAUUGCAUUCACUGACAUACAUAUGAUAUGAUACGUAAGUUCGCAUGAUAGAGACACAUUUUUUAUUCAUUAAAUGCUGGAAACUUAAAUUAUGGAUAAAACCUAUUUUGAAGAUUUUAGCUUCCAAGCAUUAGAAAAUAACUAUAUUUUAAUGUUGCUAUCUGCAGAAAAAACAAUUAUAAUUUGGACAUUUGCUAUGUUCAUGCUUAUUAUAUUCAUUAUUAUUGGUUUUGAAUUGUGACUGGCUUAUUUAAAAGUGAUAAAGGUAGUGGUGAGCAGUGUAAAUUAUCAUGCGUUAGUAAACGCAACUUUUCACAAACAAGUUUAAAAUAAUUGUAUUAUGAUAAACUUUUCCUUUAGACUUCGAAAUUGCCUUUGGAAGUAAACGUAAGCAAUAAUAAAAUAUAAAUAUAUUUUUAAAGUUUUCAACAGCAAAAAGUGAUGUAAACACAUACAAUAACAAGUAUAUGGCUUAUUAAAACAUGUCCUUUUAAUAUAACUUGUAAUUACAACAACUCUGUUUAAUUGCUAUUAUCAAUGUUACUUCAUUGCAACUUGAUGCGGCAUUAAUGGAAAAUAAAUGGUUGAAAAAAGAACUGUCUAUUUAAAUACUUAAUAGA